AUGCUGACCUUCGGCUCCCAGUCCAGGAACGCUCAGAUGGCGUACAACAACUCCUUCGUUCUCUUUUCCUCGGUUGUUGAUGGAUCCCGGAAGAACGUGCCCUUGACGCGCGUUCAGGACGUGUGGGGCCCCGGCGCCGAGGCCAUCCUCGUCCGGAACUUCCUCAGUGUCAUGUCUGUGAGGAGCCUCUCCCCAUGGCUCCAGGAGCGGCUGCCCAGCAUGCGGGGCAAAGCAGCACUCUGCGAUGUUGGCAGCUCCUUGGUGAUGUGCACCAUGACAGCUCCCGUUCACCAGCUUUUCAACUUCCUCGCCACAACCCCUGAGGCAAAGUCUGUGAGCCUUGCCCGCCGGGCCAACAUGGCCCGCAGGUUCCUGAGGGAGCAGUACUUUGUACCCUUGCCCCGCGAGGUGAUGAUCACGGAUUUCAGCCAACCUCCUCCUUCGCAGCAUUACAGCUGGAGGAUCUCACCCGUGGCACUGCGCGACUUCGGGUCGGCCCCUGGGAGUUGCUAUUGGUGCCAGCGCUUGCUGGCAGACCUGGCAGAGGACCUGGACCUCGCGGAGGUCCGAGAGGUCCGAGAGGUCCGAGAGGGAGAUGGAGAGCCGUAUGUCGGUCGGGAGCCCCAGGAAGCAGCCAAACUGCUGAGCAGCCUCCUGGAGGCACAUGCAACCACCCCCACCAGCCAGAUGGCCCAGACGCUAGCCGUCAUAAGGGAGCUCAUGAUGAGGGGCACAAGGCGCAUGAGCCAGGAAGAGGCACACCUAGCAGCACAAGCAGCGAAUGCGCUGGAGGAAUGGCUAGCAGAACACUGGGGUGAGCCCAUCAGCUGGAGACGGAGGACAGAGAGCCCACGGAGGAGUACCCCUCGCCGGGAGAACCACCAGACACCGCAGAGGCAUCACACAGAAGAAGGCGAACAAGUGGGGGGAACGAACUUCACCGUCGAGAACACCGAUUACCAGAAGGGGACUACGAUAGCAGACGGCGGAGAACACAUGAGGGAGCCAGCAGUGACUAGUAGCAAGAACGAUGGGGGCACAGAGAAGGGGGAAGACAAAGGUUGGAUUUGCUGUUUUGUUCCGGUUACCGAGGCGUUAGUUGUGGUUUGA